GUGGGAAUCUUACAUUGGAAGAUGAUUGGCUAAGAAGUUGAAGGAAGGAGUAUUCACGUCUUGGUGCGUGUUUAGUAAGCUCUUAUUUCCAGGUUAGAUCAAUCGAUGCGAGCUUGCUAAACCCGAUCUGGUAUAUUCGUGUAUCUGAGCAUAGGAACUGAUAGGAAUAAAUUAUGUUUUUGCCUAUGAUCCCCCACCUGCUACUCUAUCGAUGAAGACGCCGGCAACUGCAGCGCGUGAUGAAGGGAGAGUGAUCCAGCAGACGAGCCACGCACACUAUAGCCGCGCUGAUGGUUGUGGGCGGACCAACGAAGCUAGAGCAGCGAAGCGGUGCGGCCAGUAAUAAGGAUUGCCUGGCUGACACAACGCAAUCUUAUAUAAGGCGCAUGUGUAAAGUGCAUGUAUUUUAGUGCUUAUGGCCUCAGAAAAUCAAAGUAAUCCAAUGAGUUACUGUUAAACGGAAGUGGCUGUCGUGGUCAGUCUUGUUUACGAUGUGCACCGCGAUGGACUCUCCGCCUUGCAACGCCGAGACCCAGGAGGACAUUCUGGCCAAGAUUGACUCCAGGAAGAGCAAUAAACCUCUUAUGGAAAAGAAGAGACGCCAGAGGAUCAACCGGUGCCUGAAUGAUCUCAAGUCGCUGGUGCUGGAGGGCAUGAAGAAAGACCCAUCGCGCUACAGUAAGCUGGAGAAGGCUGACAUUCUAGAAAUGACGGUGCGGCACGUGCAGACUCUCCACCGCCACGAGGGAGUGGGCUGCAGACUGGGCGGCGGGGGGCGGCUGCUGGGCAAUGGGAGGUCUGUGGGUGGCGACGGGAGGACCAAAUACCGAGCAGGCUUCAUACACUGUGCCGUAGAAGUGACGCGCUACUUGGCAGGUCUGAGCGGAGUGCCCCACGAUCUACACCACAGACUUAUCUCUCACCUUAACACUGUCACGGCCUCCCUCACGUGUGUUCCCGGCAUGGGGCAACUCCCCGGGGCCAGCGUGGCAGUGGGCGGGGGCGUGGUGACCGUUGCUCCUCCUGCCUCACGCCCUGAUCCCUCAUCUGUCGCUACUGCCGCAGACGCCAGCAGCUCCGUCCCCCACACCCCUGGAAGCCCCUUCUCCGUGCCUUCCAAGAGUUCCCCUCCUGCGCUCCUGUCAGGGUCUGCUGUCGCACCCACCCUCAGCACCACUGUCACUACUAGCAUCUCGACCAGCACCAGUGUGGCCCUCGUUCCUACAAGAUCGGAGCCACAACAAAUAGUUCAGGUCCUGCCUUCAUCUUCCUCUUCUCUACCAACGCCAUCCCAGGCCACCCAGCCCCGCACACUCACUCUUCCAGCUCUUCCCACGACCGCUAAAACGCAUUGCAGUCCCGAUGCAGGGCUCCAUAACUCAGAAAACGCAUCAGUGCCCCAAACCUCUCAGCUCCCUAAAGAUAUCACGUUGGCUGUACCUGGGUACGAGACAAACCUCAGCCAAACGGGCAGCAGUUUUAUAUCAAGUGGCACCUUCCCUCCUCGAAUUCUUCAGUUGACAAGCACCGCGUUGACAUCUUCCUGUGAAAACGUAACCUCCUACACGGUAACCUCACCCGCGGAUCAGAAUGCAGGCAGUGUCAUCUCUACCCAAGGAGCAAUAACCGCCAAGCAAGGUCACCCAGCCACCCCCGUCGAUGCCUCGCCGCUCAGUGCCCCCGCUCAGCUGUCCUCCGAGUCUCAAGACAAAGAAACGUCUCCCUCUUGGUCGACUCCACUCGGCUUCCAAGUUUCCGUCAGCCUCUCGAGCGCCGCGUCUCCACCAGUGUUCUCCUCCUCGCUCUGGUCCUCCCCUCUUCUCGUGAGGCCAACGCCAACCCUCCCCAUGGCAGUUCAGCUUCCUUCCUCUGCAUCACCUCUUCUGUCCCCUUCGUCUCACUCCUCUUCCCCUUCCUCCUCCUCAUCAUCAUCAUCAUCCUCUCCUGGAACUAGUGUCGUACCAUCCAGGGUUUUGCCACAGUAUAGUGCAUCUGCUCCGUCGUCCAGCAAGGAGCCUUUGAAUCUUGCAAUGAACCACCCGCAGGAGUGCACCCCCCGGGCCCACUUGAAAGCGCUCUCCGCGUUUCCUUGCUCCCGCCCGACGCCUUAUCCCCUCCCCCGCCGCCUGUCCCCGCGUCCAUCCCAGCCGUGGCGCCCGUGGUGACCUCAAAAAGCGGAUGUGUGACCCAGAAUUUACGCGUGACGCUCGGCUACCUGAUCGUGUGUUGUGAGUGGCUCUAGUAGAUCAUAUUCCGAAAAUCUUCUGCGCUGCACCUCCACUACUUUCAAAAGACUCUAUGUAUUAUAGAUGAAGCUACGCGCGUUUUUAAGGGUGUUUUACGGUUCUAGUGACAAAUUAACAAGAUUUCUACGUUAUUAAAAGGAUAAAGAGUUUUGAGAACCCGGGUAAGCAUCUUUGUAGAGUUUGAAAAUGGUCGUGGUGAGAGCGCAAAGCAUUUCUGAGACUGGUUCCAUUUCUGGUACUGCUAUUCCUUCUGCUGUGUUGUGGGCUCCGGGAGUCACCACGUGUCUUACUGGUGAUGAGAGGUGUAGAGUAGUGUGUUAACUAGAAGCGAAUUAAAUCAUCAUGCAGCUAUUUAUGUAUUUGUGAUUGAAAUGUGGAAAUACUACUCAUUAGGUUUCCUCAGUUAACCUAUUUGAUGACCACACACACACACACACACACACACACACACACACACACACACACA